AAACGUGAUCAACUUUCUCCAUAGCGCAGUCCACCGUCCCAGAUAUUCGACAGCAAUACUUUAGUACUUGCAGAGUAUUGAAAUGUCGAUGCGGUACCGAUGUGUAUAAGUAACGGGCCCCUUGAGCUGGGCGAAGUCGCUGCCAUUAGUACUUCGCACAUGAUCCCAACUCACCCCAUUAUCGAUGGUGGCUGGGUGGUUGGGUGGCUGUUAGCUUGUAGUGUACGGAGUACGGUGCAUAUGAAUUGGUUUUCUCUCCUAUUCAAUUCUCUUCUCAUUAUGGAUACUCUGUAUUACCUAGCAAACCGUCACCCUCCAAGGUAGGGCACGUCGAUCAGUCUAGCCUCGCGUCGCCCGCCGCAAGCGUACCUUAGAUUCACAAGUAUGGCUUAAGGGCUUUCCUCUUGUAGCCACGGAUAAGACAAUUGGGCUUCGGGACCCAACA